AUGUUUACGGGAUUAGUCGAGGAGAUUGGCGUCGUCGCCGAGCUCAACCCGCACGACGAGACGGGCGGGACGUCUCUCACGAUCGCGCUGCCGCCGUCGUCGACGCUGCUCGAGGGCGCCGCGCUCGGCGACAGCAUCUCGGUGAACGGGGUGUGUCUGACGGCGACGCAGCUCGACACCGCCAACCGCCAACCCUCGUUCAAAGUCGGCAUCGCGCCCGAGACCCUGCGCCUGACGAACCUCGGCGACCUGCAACCCGGCUCGCCCGUCAACCUCGAGCGCGCCGUGCGCGCCGACACCCGCAUGGGCGGGCACUUCGUGCAGGGGCACGUGGACGGGACGGCGACGAUCGCGUCGGUGGUCCCGGACGGGAACGCGCUGACGGUGCGGCUGGCGCCGGCGGCGGCGACGCUGCUGCGGUACGUCGUGCGCAAGGGGUACGUGGCGCUGGACGGGACGAGCCUGACGGUGACGCGGGUGGACGACGGCGAGGGGUGGUUCGAGGUGAUGCUGAUCGCGUACACGCAGGCGAAGGUGGUGCUGGCGCGGAAGAAGGCCGGCGACUCGGUCAAUCUCGAGGUCGACGUGCUGGCCAAGUACGCGGAGAAGAGCAUGGCCGGGUACCUGGGCGCGCAGGCGGAGGCGCUGGCGAGGCCGAUGCUCGAGGAGAUGGUGCAGAAUUUGGUGGCGCAGGCUAUGGGGGGGCAUUCGUAG